GGCGGGAUCACCGGCGCAAUAUCAAAACAAAGGGAUCACACUCUGAGACAUCACGCAUCAUCAUUUUGUCUUUGAUUUUUGCACAGUUUGCAAUCAUACGGUCUCUCAUGGAUUGACAUUGAGAGUCUAUAGAUGGGUAUUAGCACUCAUUUUGCCUUGCUAUUUACUACUCAUCAUGGCAGACAAAGCUAGCUAUUUCACACAGCUCUAUGCUUUGAGUACUUCGGACUCAGAUGAAGGAGAGCUCAAUGAAUCGCGGGAAUUUUUGAAGAAAUGCAAUAAUCCCAUUUUGGAUCGUCCAUCACAAAGAGAGCGUAGUUUGCUACCUCCCUUACCUAAAGAGCCAAACCUACUACAACCUCGAAAGCUACAUAAACCGCUUCUCAAAAAUGUUCCAACGUUGCAACGAAGUCAUUCGGAGCCAAAAUGGAGUGUAGCUACGGCGAAGGAUACGGUAGAUAGUACGACGGAGAACUUGCUUGGGUCGCCUCAUAAAAGGACUGGCCUUCGAAGCGAAUCGCGUGCUACGGUUUCUAUGGGUAGUUCUUUUGGAAAGGAAACAUCGUCGCCUUUAAGAAGUGCAGAUAGUUCAGUGAAAAGGCCAACCAAAGAUCAACGCAGCUUAUCAAACCCAACAUCAGCUACCUUAGUUCUUACCAAUAGUACAGGAAUCGCAUCAAUGCUCAGCAAAAAGAGAAAAGGAGAUACCCAGGAAAAAGGGGCCACUAAAAAACCCACCAGGAAGAAGGAGAAACCUCUCAAGUUUGUUCCCCCAAAGGAUCGGGUCUUUCAAGGUCUUAAUUUUUUCUUCCUUCCUAACGAUGAUAAAUCUCCAGUCAGACGUUUUCGCAUCACUAAAGCAAGAGAGCGCGGCGCAACAUGGAUUAGAGAUAUAAACGAGCCCAUCACACAUCUUAUCAUUGAUAACUCCUUGACACGCAAGGAUGUUGUGACCUAUCUCAGAGUCCUUCCGGAUGGAGCCAGUAUGGUAAAUGAAGAAUGGUUAUUAGAUUGCAUUGAACAGAAAUUUCUCUAUGAACCAACUGGGAAGAAAUAUCAGGUCAAAAAUCCAGAUGCAGUCAUCGAAGAGAAGCAGAUGCCGAUACCGUCAACGUCACAGCAGCCAGAUAAAUCUCUCCAAUUGGAACCUCGUAACAAGAAACCUAAUAAGUGGGAAUAUGUGCCUCCAAAAGAAACACCUGAACGUAGCCAGCGUUCAAUGCCAACCGUCAAACCAGUUCCUUUUCCCUCAACCUCAAUUUCCGGACCACAGUUACAAGAAACAGAACAAACUCUUUUAGCAGAAGAGAACUCGCAACAUCUGAGUCAAGCAUCUUCUCCCAACCCGCAAUACGCAGAUUUUGGUAUACUAAAUGAAACAAUCGAAUUAGCCAGGGCAACCGAAGGUGUACUCGAUCAUGACAAUUCUGAUGAUGACCUAAUAUCAAAUUUCAGUGAAUUCGAUGAUACCAUAGAUGAAUCAGAUUCAGAAGAUGGGGGUUGCUCCCCUCUAAAAGCUCCCCCAAAACCUCGUCGAACAGCCCCUACGGGAAAAGGAGGUAACUUCCAAUGCAUGACUGGUGGAACUGCUUCCGACGAACCCAAUCCCAACAAUCACACAAUCCAAAUUCUGUCACGAAUGAAAGACUAUUAUGAGAGAAUUGGCGAUCAGUGGCGUACCCGUUCCUAUAUGCAAGCGUGUGGCCAACUCAAAAAUCAACCAGCCCUCAUCCGCACCUUCUCCGAAGCCAUCGUGAUCCCAAAAAUCGGGCAACGCAUCGCCAAAAAAAUCGAAGAAAUAGUCCUCACCGGUCGUCUCCGCCGUCUUGAACACGCAGAAGCAGAACCAGACGAUAAAAUCCUCAAACUUUUUAUGGGCAUCUAUGGCGUAAACUACAAGCUAGCAUCGAAAUGGAUUUCUCAAGGCCAUCGCUCAUUUGCUGAUCUCAAAAACAACAUCAAACUCACGCCCAGUCAACAAAUUGGCAUCGAACGCUACGACGAUCUGCAACUCCGGAUUCCCCGCCACGAAAUCGAGCAGCUGGGUAAGUUCAUCACUGAUACAACCAAAACCAUCGAUCCCGAAAUCGAGAUCACAAUCGGCGGUUCCUAUCGUCGAGGUGCAAAAACAUCCGGCGAUAUCGAUAUCAUCAUCUCCAAAUCCCACACUACACAAACAACACAACUAACCCCCUUCCUCUCUUCUCUCGUAAAAUCUCUCACAGCCUCCCAUUUCCUAACCGCAGCACUCGCCGUACCGCAUAAUAACGAAGGAUCAAAAUGGCACGGAUGUUGUGUUCUGCCCUCUUCCUCUUCCGCAUCCCACCCCCCAAACCCAUGGCGCCGCAUCGAUUUCCUCCUCGUUCCGGCAUCCGAAAUCGGUGCCGCACUCCUCUAUUUCACCGGCGACGAUAUCUUCAAUCGAAGCAUGCGUUUACUCGCGGGGAAAAAGGGGAUGAGGUUGAAUCAACGGGGUUUGUAUCGGGAUGCUAUGAGAGGCGGGAUGAAAAGCGGGAAAUGGGAGACUAGGAAUAAAGUCACGGAUGGGACGUUGGUCGAGGGGAGAGAUGAGCGGGCGAUUUUUGAGGCGUUGGGCGUGCCGUGGAGGGAACCUUGGGAGAGGGUUUUACAUUAGGGGGAGGAGGAGCUUGGUGGUUAGGAGUCAAUGUUACACUUUUUGUCGUGGAGGGGAGAUGCCUAUCUUCAUAUUUGUUUCAAGUCUGGCCAUGUUCCAAAUCCGGGAUAUCCAGAGACUAUCGAAUGCACCUCAGGAACUCAAGCCAAGACCCGAAAUUGAAUUCCAAGGAAGGUUUUUGGGGUAACGUAUCGAGAUUUCUGGAUGAAGAGAAGAACUACGGCAUGCACAUUGAGUUGGAGUAAAUCAUGCAUUGCGUUGGUUUAUGGCAUCGUAAUAGGAUAUACGAUAUACGAUAUGCGGUAUCGUGGAUUCGGUUUGCGUUUGGGAUUAGAAUAUCAUCUAUUUAUUAGUGCGAUGGAUUGAUAUUGGUUUAUUGAUUUCAUUAUUGAUCAUAUGGACAGUGAUUGAUUGAUGAGAUACUUUCAGAUAUGUAUGGAUGUGAGAACAAAAUGUAUGAUUGAUGUUUAUGAUUUUGUAUA